CUACGCCAUUAGCCGUUCGAAUCUCGUUAAGAGAGUGCGUGAAGUAGCGAAAAUCGUUGAGUGUCGUGACCAGUGCGAAAAUAAAUAAUACAGGGUGACCCAUAUCUAUUUUCUUGUGGAUUUUUACCCAAACGCCAUAUCAGGAUUUGCGAUUUAAGCGAGAAGAUGACGAGGAUAUUACUUCCGUUUAUCCUCAUCGCUUUCGUCCGCGGAGAAACCUCGGUCUACAUCCUCUCCGAAAAUUUAGAACAAGUGGUAACUUCGACAACCCUCCAGUGGGUGCACUCGUCCAGUAUCAACGAAACCACCCUUGGCAAUGCCGUCAUCGCAGCCUUGCAAGUAGUCAAGGAUCCCGACAAUCCCGAAGAACCCAUCGGCAGCAAACCGGUCUACGUUUGCCGCGCCAGAACCAACUACGUGUGGGUCUCAGGCCAGUUGAGGCCCAAAUCCAAAGUAUGCAUCGUAUCCAUGUACAAGAAAGUCUCCGAACACCCAAAUUUCGAAGUGUUGAUAAACGUCGAAAACAGCGCUCGCCUCAGCUGGGUGUACAAAGACAAAUACGUAACUGCAAACCUCGCCGGAGGUGUUACAAGUGGCGAGGGUCGUGAAGGACCCCUCGAAAGGACUUUCAUCGCCAGACACGAAACCAACAACCAUAACAAACUCGGUUCUUUGAACUAUCACGUUGGGAAAUUUAAUCCGGGCGAAAACCUGGGUGUUUUCCACGUCGUAGAUCAGAACAACAACGAGAUCACACACGAAAUGGGGCAGAUUUUAGUCGAGACGGAACCCAUCAGAUACGAAUUCAAGUCCGUCAAGUUCGACAGGAUUCGUGCCAAACACCACAAGAAAAAAAUGGUUUUGGGGCACGCAACUUUGAAGAACACUGAACGCGGCGUGCAGCGAGUUGACACCGUCAUCAGUUACAACUACACCUACUCCAUUUAUUGGGGCAAAGCGCACGGACUUUUAACCGGCCUCAACUUCACCGUGUCUCUCCCAGACGGCGUGAAAACAGGCACCUGGGCCCUGCCUAAGAGCGAAAACGUGGUCGACACCAAAACCAUCGAGAAGUACCUGGAUGAAGGCACCGCUGUCAACGUCACACUCUGGGGCAACUACACCGACUCGGACGUGCCCUACACUGCCACCGUUUACGCAGUGUACAAAGAUAAGGAACAAUUACCUCGGCCAAUAUUUGACAACAAACGCGAACGCCUGAUAACGGAUGUGUCCAUCGAGUUCGGUCCUGUGUACUUCUUGCACAACAACAGUCACGUCCCUACCACCACCACCACGACCACUACGACAACAACCACGACGUCAGCGACCACCAGUAGGACAAAAUCAACGACUCAUAAGGUCGUUCCGUUGGAGAUUCCCUCAGUUGUGCAAGUUGGAAAUUCGGAGAAACACCCCGAUGAAGCCUCGGCGAUCAAAAUCCACGAGAACAGCAGCAUGAUGUCGGACGCCAGCAACGCCGAGUCCGAAAUUGCGACGUCAACGACGAAGAAAAACACGCUGAAAGCCAGCUCUUCAACGCGAGUCCUCGCCGAUUUGGUGCUGUUGGGGGCGGUGUCGCUGAUUGUGCGUCGGGUGACGUAAAGUGGUCUAAUCUUCGAACUUGGACUUGUUUUGAUCGAGCGCGGCGCGACUGUGAGUGCAAAGCGAAGGAAGAAUGCAGACGGUGUGAAUCGGGCUUUAAUUAUUCUAUCAUUAUGUAUCGGUUAUGUUUCAUCAGUAGUCAUCAUUGAAGAGUGUAUAUAGACUGUAAAUAUUGUGGACAAGGAUAAGGUGUGUCAUAAUAGUGAUGGUGAUAUUUUGUUAAUUGCGACAAGUGGCGUCCAUGUUUGUAGCGAGUAAGAUGGCAAGGAUAUAUUUUUGCUAUUAUCAAAUUCAGGCUAGUUUGCAGUAUUGACGAGGAGGAUGUAUGUACAAAGUAAGACGUAAACGCGACUUCAUUCCAUUGUUUCAGUACAAAACUUUUUCCAAACGGUAGAAUAGAACGGACGAAAGCUUUCAACUGAUUCAUUUGACGUAUUUAACAUAGAUAUUCAGGUACAUGUGAUAAUGUUGUAUUUAUGCUAGGCUUCUUCUCAAGCUUUCCAAGUAUUCAAAUCAAAGACAAAAAAUCAAAAAUCACUAAAAAUGUUGAAAAAUUUCCAAAUGUUCGUGUUCCUAACUAGUAAGUCAACAAGCACUUGAUGUUGCCUAGAUCUAGAAGACCGGUGAUUUUGAUUGAAUACUACAGACAGCGUGAUUAUCCAUUGGACUGACACAUGUAAAAUAAAUACUUGUUCUAAAUGUACAUUUCAUGUAAUUGUAGAUAUUUUAAAAAUAUACUUAAAACCGUAUACAAAGAGA